CCGCUAGAGAAAUGGACAUGGUGGCGGCGCUCACCGAUGUACGAUCUGAGCGCUCUUUCAACAAAGAAUUCUUUCACAAACGCAUAAAUGCCUGCUUUACAGAACUACAUGAGUAUGUUACACUACUAAACUGAUCAAGAUUCAGUUGAAAAAUAUUAGUGUGCUGGUAAUCUAAUGAAUCGUUGAACAGAAUUGAAAUGUGCCUGGAUUCUAAAGCUAUAGAGGCGCUAGUGGAACAGAUCAUCUCAAACCCUUUCGUCAGCAGUCCGACCAGUAUUGCUUUAUUCUUCUCUUUGUUGGCUAUUGGCUCUCGUCGUCUGGACCUCAGUCAUGGUAACGGUACAAUCAAAGGAGCGACAAUAGGCUACUUCAGGAUAGCUCUACGCCUAAGACCUUACCUGUAUGAUGAGGUCAACCUCUUGAAAUCACAGGCCUUACUUCUCAUGACCUACUUCUCAUAUGCUGUUGGUGCCAGUUCUACAUCUAGUUUAAUGGCGGACACUACUUCGUGCCUCCAAAUCCUUCGCCUUCAUAGCUCCAGUGCGGUCAACAAAUUAACUAGUGACUGCUUAGAGCAAACAAAUAUCAAGAGAGCUUUCUGGGCCAUUUACUCCAUGGAAAAGCCUUACUCAUUACAAGAAGGACUCUUGCCACUCAUACCUGGUGAAUAUGCGGACCACAAGAUUUCUCCAACCCAGACAUCCUCGGAUAGAGGCACCGACUGGCUAAGUGUAAAUGUCCGGUACGCACAGGUUUGCUCGGGUAUUCUACGGCAACUCCACAGCCAACGACAUGACAGCCGAGACUGCUCAAUCUGUUGUGGAAGAGGUUACUGCGAAAAAAGCCCUGCCUCCACACUAUGUCGGCUUGAAGACAGUCUCAUGAUGUGGAAAACUGACUCUUCACUCAAUUUCAGCGUCGAUAACUUGUCGGCACUUCCAUGUGCUGAGAGGCGCCACAGGCUAGCCUAUAUCACCAGAUUUCAUUUUGCCACAAUUGCGAUCUAUUCACUUCCGGAGAUAGAGGCGACAGGCAUGAGCAAAGAAAGGCAAUGCGAAUCAGCACGUCAAAUACUCAACUUGAGCUCACACAUAUCCUGGUCUGAUCUGUGUGAUAACUGGGAACUUUGCUCGGCUAUAUCGUUGGCGACUUGCAUAAUCGCAACAGGAAUCAUCCAAAAAGCCUCAAUCGCAGAGGCAGAAAGAAGCACAGCAGUCACCGGUAGCAUUUCAACCUAUACGUAUUCUCACAAGACCAGUUUUGAAACAGAUAUACCGUAUAUCGGUAUAGCAAUCGGCUUCUUCAGUCGAAUAUCUCUAAGCACAACUCAUGAUUUUGGAGCCGCAGCUAUGGAAUUAUGUAGUUUUGCUCUUAGCUUGGCAAGGUGUUAGCGUGAACCCGCUGGAAGGGUUCCGUUUUUGUCACCCCACCUGUACUAGUAGACAUGAAAUAAGAAAUUAUAUAUAUGAUC